AUGGCGUCGGACGAGAUCGUGUGGAACAUCAUCAACCAGCAGUUCUGCUCCUUCAAACUCAAACUCCCCGGCAACGAUCGCCACCAGAAGAGCACCAAGAGCACUUUCUGUCGCAACGAACACAAUGUCACCGGCCUCUGCAAUCGCCAGUCCUGUCCCCUCGCCAAUUCUCGAUAUGCCACAAUCCGUGCCGACCCCAGCACUCAGCGACUGUACCUCUACAUCAAGACCGUCGAGCGAGCACACAUGCCCAACAAGUGGUGGGAGAAGAUUCGACUGAGCAGCAACUACACCAAAGCACUGGAGCAGAUCGAUGAGCGGUUGAUUUACUGGCCCAAGUUCUUUCUGCACAAGUGCAAGCAGAGACUUACACGACUGACGCAAGUGAGGGUCCGGGCACAGAAGCUGGCAAAGGAAGAGGAGCGAUUGGGCGAGCGUAUGGUGCCGAAGCUGGCGCCAAAGGUCAGGAGGAGGGAAGAGACACGUGAAAGAAAAGCAGAGGCUGCCGCCAAGAUUGAGAGAGCUAUUGAGCGCGAGUUGGUGGAAAGAUUGAGAAGCGGUGCAUACGGAGAUCGACCGCUCAACGUGGAAGAGAAUGUCUGGAAGAAGGUCAUGCGUGGACUGGAGCGUAGUCAAGAGGGUGUGCGUGACGAGGAUCUGGAUGAGGGUAUCGAGGAGGAUGAGGAAGAAGUGGAGUACGAAGAAGAGCGGGAGCCUGGCCAGCUAGACGUUGAGUACGUGAGCGAUGUGGAAGAGUCGGACGACGAGGACGACAUGGAAGACUUCGACGAUUGGCUAGGUGGAGAGAGUGCUGAUGAUGCUGAGGGUGGCGAGGAGGGCAGUGAUGAGGAGGAAGAUGACGAGAGCGAAGACGAUGAGGAGGAUGAUGAGGAUACGGCAGCUUUGAAGAAGAAGUUGAACGGCCUCAAGCGAUCUCGACCAAGUGCGCCGCCCAAACCACGCAAGAAGUCGAAGGGACCGAAGACAAAUAUCGAGUACGAAUAUGUGCGCGAGCCACAAGCGCGAGAGAUGGUCGUCGCGAAGUAG